AUGACCGUGGAGGCAGCCUUCUACAAGCUGCCAGGGUCUGCUAUCGUCGAGCGUUAUGUUCGCAGCUCCCACCAGAACGACCCUGGUCGGACGCUGCUCGAGAUCAUUCUCUUCAUCUUUGCCAUUCGGACUGUCUUCCAGCGGAGGACACGCUCUAGCUCGGAAAAGCACUUCAUCGAGUUCUCGGAGAAGGAAAUCGACGAGCUUGUAGACGAGUGGACCCCUGAGCCCCUCGGCCAGCCCCUCAGCGAGCGCGAGCAGAAUGAACUUGCCGCCGUCCCUGUCAUUGCCGGUCCCAAUGGUCCCAAACCCAAACUAGCCAGCACGGGCAAGACCGCGAUCAACCUAUGCAGCUACAACUUCACCGGCCUCGCCGGCAACGAGCACAUCAAGGAGCGCGCCAUCGAGACCCUACGCAAGUACGGUCUUGGCAGCUGCGGUCCGGCAGGUUUCUACGGUACUCUCGACGUCCACGUCGACCUGGAGAACAACAUUGCGGAAUUCCUCGGCACCGAGGCUGCUAUCCUCUACUCGCAGGGCUUCAGCACUAUCCCCUCUGUCAUUGCUUCCUUCUGCAAGCGUGGAGAUAUCAUCAUUGCGGACCGUGGUGUCAACUUCGCUAUCCAGAAGGGUAUUCAGAUUUCGCGCUCGACCGUUCGCUGGUUCGACCACAACGACCUGCAGUCGCUUAACGAUGUGUGCGAGGCCGUGGACCGCGAGCAGCGCAAGAAGCGAGCACCGCUCACCCGUCGCUUCAUUAUCACGGAAGGCAUCUUCGAAAAGGACGGACAGAUGGUUGACUUGCCGAAGUUGAUUGAGCUCAAGUACAAGCACAAGUACAGGCUCAUCCUCGACGAGUCCUACUCCUUCGGCACUGUCGGUCGCACCGGUCGCGGUCUUACUGAGCUCUACAACGUCCCCGCGAGCAAGGUCGACAUGAUCGUCGGCAGCGUCGCUAUUGGCCUCUGCUCCUCCGGUGGCUUCUGCGCCGGCUCCAAGAUCGCCAUCGACCACCAGCGCAACAACGGUGCCUCCUUCGUCUUUUCUGCCACCUCACCCGCCCUGCUCGCCGUCUCUGCUUCGGAGGGAAUUGAGCUGCUGAAGAACAGCCCCUCUACCCUCGAGGCCCUCCGCGAGAACGUCCGCGUUGCGCGCUCCGUCUUAGAGCGUGUCGACGGCAUCAGCAUCCCCAGCCACCCCGCGUCGCCCAUGAUCCACAUCUUCCUUAAGAGCGCGAACGACAUCCAGCGCGAGAAGGCUAGCGCGACGCUGCAUCCCGCAACCGCGACGAAGCCCAAGCACAGCGACCCGCGCUCGGUGCUCCCGCGCGAUGCGAACACUUGGGACUGGGACAUCGAGGACGAGGAGCGCGCGCUGCAGGAAGUCGUUGAGGACGCGCUCGUGCAGGGUGUCAUGAUUAGCAAGGCGAAGCGCUUGCGCGGCCAGGAGAUCGUUGAGCCCCGGCCGAGCAUCCGCCUUGUGCUGACUGCCGCGCUCUCCAAGAAGGACACGGAGAAGGCUGUUGGCAUUGUCAAGGCUUCGCUCCAGAAGGUCAUUGCGAAGAGGCGGCACACUGGGCACCUCCUAAACUAG